AAAUGUAUACUGUGUAUUUAAAUGUAAAAACAUAUGAAAUAUAACAACAGGUAAUGUUGUAACCCUGCCGUGAAGUGACGUGAGUGAAUAACGGUUUCGCGACGGUUGUCCGCUGACCUCCAUUAUAAAAACCUCAGAGAGAGAGAGAGGUGUAGUCGACAUGGUGUCUCUCAUGUGCACAUUACACACUCACAGAGAUGACGUCAACUGCUGUGUGUUCUCCGGCUCUCUUCUGGCCACCUGCUCGGCCGAUAAAACCAUCUGUGUGUUCUGUGCUGGAGACUUCAGCGAGAUGCCCUUCUCUCCUCUCUCUGGACACGGCUACGGCGUUCACUGCUGCUGUUUCAGCCCCUGCGGUCGAUAUCUGGCCUCCUGCUCCACGGACGCCACCACCCUGCUGUGGGACAUGGAGACGGGCGAGAUCGAAGCCGUCCUGGAGCAUCCCGGCAGGAGUCCGGUCCGAGUCUGUGCCUUCUCUCCCGAUUCAUCCUACCUGAUGUCAGGAGGAUCAGACGGGAGCACCGCACUGUGGGAUUUCACCUCCAGAACCCUGCACAAGAGCGGCUCAGUUUCUGACACCAGUAUCGUGGCGUGUUCUUUCACUCCGUGCUCUCAGCUCUUCAUCACCGGCUCUUCAUAUGGAGAUCUGAGGCUGUGGGAUCUCGACAUGAAUCAUCUGCACGCAGAGAAGAACGCUCAUGACCUCGGCGUCUCCUGCUGUCAGUUUGCUCCACAGAUGAAGAAGGAUGCAGAUGGCUGUGUUCAGUUUCGUCUGGCAUCAUGUGGACAGGACAGUUUGCUGAAGAUAUGGAUUGUUUCUCGUGUAUCUUCUGCAGAUGUAAAGAUGCAGCUCGCUCACACUCUGACGGCUCAGUCUGCUCCGGUUCUGUCAUGUGCUUACUCUGCUGACGGACAGAUGCUGGUGUCUGGAUCUGUGGAUAAAACAGUGACUGUGUAUCAAGCUAACGAAGGGAUUUUACUCUACACACUUAACCAGCACGACAGGUAUGUGACGGCCUGCGCGUUCUCCCCCACGGGCCCCAUCAUCGCCACCGGCUCCAUGGACAAGAGCGUUAACAUCUGGAGGGUGGAGGACGGUGCCAGCGCUCACGGCAAAUCUCCCGAUGAAAGUGCUUCAGUUUCAAGUAAUGAAGGCAGCAGGUUCCGAGCACACAGCAGACUGAUGGUGAGCCAGUGGUCUGAGGAGGAUGUGUUGUCAUGGUUACGGGAGGAGGGUUUGGAGGCUGUGAUGGACGCGUUCAGAUCCAAUAACAUGGAUGGAGAAGAGCUGCUGUCGCUCACCAAGGAAACCCUGAGCUCUGAUCUGCACAUCGAGUCUUUGGGUGUGAGGAGUAAAGUCAUGAAGAAGAUUGAAGAGUUGAAGAUGUCUUCCGUGUGUAACGGCACUCCAGACGAGUACCUCUGUCCAAUCACACGUGAGAUCAUGAGAGAUCCGGUGAUCGCCGCAGAUGGUUACUCGUAUGAACGGGAGGCUAUCGAGAGCUGGAUCAACACAAAGAACCGCACCAGUCCAAUGACCAACCUGCCUCUCCAGACCACCCUUCUGACACCAAACCGAACUCUUAAAAUGGCCAUCUGCCGCUGGACCACUAACCAGUGAUCACUAUAAUACUGAUCUCAGACCAGUGAGGUGUGUGUCACUAAGACACCUGUUAGUCAUUCAAUGUCUGUCUUCAUGAUUUUUUUAAAGUCCGUUCCAUAAAAAGGUUGAUUGGUCUGAAAAAUGAGUGUGUUGUGUCCCGUCUUAGUAUGCUUAUAACAGAACGUAACGCAAGCUGCUGUCAGACCGAACGACUGAAACCCAUCACUUAUAAAUCAUCCAUGACUAACUGAGACACACAACGCCUCACACACUAUUAAAGGCUCAUCAGAAUUCUGUUUCAUAAAGGUCGUUCUGUUGACUACUAAUCAUUCUGAAUGAUCACAGCUGGGAAGACACGAGAGUAUUAGUUUGCUUUUUUUAGAGCACAUGAGAUUUCUUGGUCUCGGAUGUUUCUCUUAAAAUUGCUCAGAAGAAAUCAAAAGAGAAUGAAAUGAGAGCGUAAUUGUGUAAACACAUGACGAGUCUGAGGUGUAAAUGAAUGAUGGUAGAGGUGAAAUCAUCUGAAAUGUUUGAGUUGAUAUCGACAUCUUCAAUCAUAUUGACUUUUGAUCGCAGACGAGACACAUCUGAGCUCAGUUUGACACACUGUUGACAUCUCUUCUCAAACUCUAAUGACACAUUUCCGUGAAAAAAUCUGAGAUGCAGACUUUCCAUUUGCUCUCCAUUUAGUCUCAUGUCUUGAAGAAAUUGAGAUAUUAAGCAAAUGUUUUCUUAUGAGUUUUCAUCGUUCCACAAGUUUGCAUCUUCCUGUAGUGAAUCUAUAGUGGAAAAUAAAAUGCAAGUAAAACUGGCUUUACAUUCAGCCUCAUAAUAAACAUGAAUCAUGAUGUGAAUGUUGACUAUGAAAUAAACCGGACUAACUGAA